AUGGGGAAGAAAAAGAGCAAAGGCAGCAAAUCAGCGCAAGGCGUAGAUGCUAGCUUCGUGCUUGAUACGCAAAGUGCAGAUAUACCUACCGAUUUGUCCAUGGCCGCGAGCACGCCGCCGGUAGACGAGACAACGGCGGAUGAAACUGGCCUAGAUUUGCCAGGUCACGUUGCGUUUGUCACUGACGCUGACGCAGAGCCUGCGCCAGUGCAAGACCGUGACGGUGAUUACGAUCAACUGGAUGCACAAGGUACAAGGUAUUAUGAAGCGGAAGCCAAUGAUGAGCGGAAACGCAAAGGAAUUUGUCCUGUAUGUGGCGAAGCAGGGCAUGAAAAGAAAAAGUGUCCUUAUAAACAGUGUCUUGCGUGUGGUGCCAUUGAUGAGCAUGCGAUGCGGGAUUGCCCUCUCGGUACAAGUUGUUUCCGAUGCGGUGCCGUAGGUCAUCGCAGCAAGGACUGCCCAAUGCCUCGCGUAGGUCCCAGUCGUGCCCGGUAUUGUGAGCGAUGUGGGCAGCCUGGCCAUCCUGAGACGACUUGUCAUACGCUCUGGCGCAUAUAUACCUAUCGCACUCAGUCGGACUAUGACCAAGCGCGUGCCAAGCUAUGGCGCCAUGAACAGCGAAGAGAAGCGCGCAAAAAUGCGCUGGAACAGCGCCGGAAGAAACGGAAGAGUGGAUGGGCUGUGGCUCUGGUUGAGUCGAGCGAGGAGGUAGGGCCUAGUGACAGCAGUGACAGCGAUGCGUCGGACGACAGCGAUAGUGAAGCCACGCCGCCUCGUGAUUGGGAUUCGGCGGUGCGGUACUGCUACAACUGUGCAGCGAAAUCGCACCACUGGGGUGAUGACUGCUUCUUGCGGCGUACAAACCCCACGCGACCUACCGGGGACCCAUCGCCGUUUAGCGAAAUCGGUGCGAACACAGGACCCUUUGCGCCGCGUAGCAAGACGUUGUCUGUUCGUGGCGCAGCUUCGCAGACAGUCCCACGCUCGAAACGGCGGAGUAGUGACGUGGCACCAAGCCGUCCUUCUCUGCUGGAGGAUAUGCAGGGUGGGGACGAGCAGGACUGGUUUGUACGACGAGAAAAACUACGGCAUAACGAGACGUUUCUAUCGGAUGCUGACUCACCACGCGGUCGCCAUCGAUCACGACCAUCGCUGAAACGAUCGGCUUCCUCGCGCGACGCCUCGCGCUCACGCCAAGACCGUGCCUUUCGGCCGCAGUAUCGCGGUGGGUAUAGUUGA